AGCAAUUUUGUAGUGUUUGACUGGGGUCAGGAGGCAUUGCUGUCUGCUCCCAAACAUUGUGGCAGUAAUGUUUUUGAGAUGGUGGGGGUGGAAAAGGACUUUUCCCCUCUGCCUGGGGCCAGAAACCAGCAGCUGUCCUGGGAGUGAGAAAGAGAUGAGGCUGCAAAUCCUGCGCGUGGCAACACAUUGCAGCUUUGGGGAAAACACCGUCAAAAUAGGAACAUGGUGCUCUUCGUGUGGAUAGCAGCUGUAUUUUGGGGGCCGCAAUCUGCAGCAAAUGGCUUUAGGGAAAGGCUCAGGGAAGGGCCCAGGUGGAAAGUGUGCACCCCCUGUGCCAUGGCUUCAUCCCAGCUGCCCCCCUGCCCCACAGUAGGUACUGUCCUUGCUUCGCAGCCCCCCAGCGAGCUUCCCCCCGGUGAGGAGGACCUGGGUGAAGCCUUUGACUUUGAGGACAGUGACGAGGAGGAGGACGAAGAUUCAGCCACUGAGCCAAGCAGGGGAGCAGUCCUUCAGGCCCCUCCUCGCAGGCACCGUGCCACCAGCUCCAGCACCGAGGGGCUGGUGCCGGAGACCCAGGAAGGGCUGCCGGAGCAGGUGAGCAAUGGGGAAGCCUGUGAGGAUCCCCCUGACAUCAACACCCAGACCUGGAAGAGGAAAAGCGGCCACCAGGGUGAUCGCUUUGAGUUCACAGCGGCAGAGGACGAUGUGAUUUAUGACGACGUCCCCUGUGAGAACCUCGAUGCCAACCAGGAUGGGCGCAGCCUGAUCUACGAGGACGUGCAGCGGGGUGAGGAGCUGGGCUGGAGCUCCAGCGAGUUUGAGAGCUACAGCGAGGAGUCGGGUGAGGAGAACAAACCAGAGGCUGAGCCAGCCAAGCACCGGGCCUCCUUCCAGCCCAAGCUUUCUCCAGACCUGAAUAGACUAAAGGAGACAUACGCCAGGACUAAGAGGGACAUCCUGGCUUUAAGAGUUGGGGAAGACAUGCAGGAGCUGAAGCAGAAGUAUGAUUGGAAGAUGACUCAACUGAUGAAGGCAGCCAAAAGUGGCACCAAGGAUGGGCUGGAGAAGACCAAGAUUGCAGUGAUGAGGAAGGUGACCUUCCUGCACCGUAAGGAAGUGCCAGGAGACUCAGAGGAGGAGGACACAGGUUUCCUGGAGGUCACAGUCUCCGACGCGAAGCACCCACCGCCUGAACUCGGCCCCAUGCCCACAGGGCUCAGCCCACAGCAGGUGGUGCGGCGACACAUCCUGGGCUCCAUCGUGCAGAGUGAGCGCAGCUAUGUGGAAUCCCUGAAGCGCAUCCUGCAGGAUUACAGGAACCCGCUGAUGGAGAUGGAGCCCAAAGUGCUGAGCGCCAGGAAAUGCCAGGUGGUGUUUUUCCGCCUGAAGGAGAUUCUGCAGUGCCACUCCAUGUUCCAGAUCGCCCUCUCUUCCCGUGUGGCUGAGUGGGACUCUGCUGAGAAGAUUGGGGACCUCUUUGUGGCCUCGUUCUCCAAGUCAAUGGUGCUGGAUGUCUACAGUGACUAUGUCAACAACUUCACCACUGCCAUGUCCCUUAUCAAGAAGGCUUGUCUCACCAAACCUGCUUUCCUCGACUUCCUUAAGAAGCGGCAGAUGGCCAGCACCGAUCGCGUGACGCUCUAUGGGCUGAUGGUGAAACCUAUCCAGAGGUUCCCCCAGUUCAUCCUUCUCUUACAGGACAUGCUGAAGAACACCCCCAAGGGCCAUGCGGACCGCCUGUCCCUCCAGCUGGCUCUCACUGAGCUGGAGACAUUGGCCGAGAAGCUCAAUGAGCAGAAACGCGUGGCUGACCAGGUGGCCGAGAUCCAGCAGCUCAGCAAAAGCAUCAGUGACCGCAGCAGCCUCAGUAAGCUGCUGAACUCAGGGCAGCGGCAGCUCCUGCUCUGUGAGACGCUGACAGAGACGGUGUACGGCGACCGGGGGCAGCUCAUCAAGUCCAAGGAGCGGAAGGUUUUCCUCCUCAACGACAUGCUGGUCUGUGCCAACAUCAACUUCAAAGGCCAGCUGGAAAUUAGUAGCCUGGUGCCACUGGGCCCCAAAUAUGUGGUGAAGUGGAGCACGGCCCUCCCGCAGGUGCAGGUGGUGGAAGUGGGGCAGGAGAGUGGUGCCUACGACAAGGACAACGUGGUCAUCCACAACGCUGGUGCCAAGAAGCACGCGCCCACUGGGCCGGCCUCGCACAAUAAAGUCUACCUGGGGCCACCACGGCUUUUCCAGGAGCUGCAGGACCUACAGAAGGACCUGGCGGUGGUGGAACAGAUCACCUUGCUCAUCAGCACGCUGCAUGGCACCUACCAGAAUCUGAACAUGACAGUGGCCCAAGACUGGUGCUUGGCCCUGCAGAGGAUGAUGAAGGUGAAGGAGGAAGAGAUCCACUCUGCCAACAAGUGCCGCCUCCGCCUCCUGCUGCCUGGCAAGCCAGACAAGUCUGGCCGCCCCAUCAGUGUCAUGGUGGUCUUCAUCACUCCAAAUCCUCUGAGCAAGAUCUCCUGGGUCAAUUGCCUUCACCUGGCCAAGAUUGGGCUGCGGGAGGAGAACCAGCCGGGCUGGCUCUGUCCCGAUGAAGACAAGAAGAGCAAAGCUCCCUUCUGGUGCCCCAUCCUUUCCUGCCACAUGCCUGCCUUUUCCUCCAAAGCCCUCGAUCUGCAGCUCAGCGCUGCUGUGCACAACCCUGUGCAAUCCUCAUUGUUGGGUUUCUCUGCUGUCAGCACCUCGUUGCCACAGGGCUACCUCUGGGUUGGGGGUGGCCAGGAAGGUGCAGGGGGACAAGUGGAGAUCUUCUCCCUCAAUCGCUCAGUGCCAAGGACGGUAAAAUCCUUCCCAGUGGCAUCACCAGUGCUGUGUAUGGAGUACAUCCCCGAGGCAGCUGAGGGGGACACAGAGGGGACUGAAGAGCCCCGAGCCGGUGCUGAGCAGCCCCCUGCAACUCUGCAUCCCACUGUUUGCUUGGGACUGCGGGACGGCAGCAUCGCAGUGUACAGCAGCGUGGACACGGGGACGCAGUGCCUGCUGACCUGCAAGAGCCCUGGCACACAGCCAGUCCUCUGCCUGAAGCACAGCCCUGAGUACCUGUUUGCAGGGCUGCAGGAUGGGACAGUGGCUGCAUACCCGAGGAACAAUGUGGGGCUGUGGGAUCUGACUGAGCAGCCCACCCGCCUGCCUGUGGGCACCAGCCCUGUGCGAGCGCUCUUGAUGCUGGAUGAGACCCUAUGGGCCAGCUGUGCCAACCAGGUCACCGUCCUUGAUGCUUCCACCCUCUGUGCUCAGCAAACCUUUGAGGCUCACCCAGACACAGAGGCCAGCGUGACACACAUGAUCAAGGCAGGCAGUGGUGUCUGGAUGGCGUUUUCCUCUGGUUCCUCUAUUCGCCUCUUCCACACUGAGACACUGGAGCACCUACAGGAAAUCAACAUCGCCACCAGGACCACCUUCGUCCUCCCAGGGCAAAGACAUGUCCGUGUCACCAGCCUGCUCAUCUGUCAGGGCUUGCUGUGGGUCGGCACCGACCAGGGCAUCAUUGUUCUGCUGCCCGUGCCCCGGUUGGAGGGCAUCCCCAAAAUCACUGGAAAGGGCAUGGUGUCCCUCAAUGGGCACGGCGGCCCCGUGGACUUCUUGGCCGUGGCGCUGAGCACAUUGGCCCCCGAUGUGCUGAAAGGAGACCAAGAGGACGAAGACGGUGAGGAAGAGAAACCCCUAGAGCUGGAUGGACCCCCACCGCGGGAAAUAAGGAAAAAAGGGAUCUUGUUGCAAUACCGCCUCCGUUCCACCUCCCACCUCCCCGGGCAGCUGCUGUCAGUGCGGGAUGCUCCGGUUGGGACUGUUACCCCAGAGCACACAGAAGAAGAUGGCUCCAUCUACGAGAUGGCCGAUGACCCCGAUGUGUGGGUGCGGAGCCGGCCCUGCGCCCGCGAUGCUCCCCGCAAGGAGAUCUCCUCUGUCGCCAUCAUUUCAGGGGGCAGAGGGUACCGUAACUUCAACUCUGAGCCUCAGCGCCGGGGUGGUGAUGCUGACAGCACCCUGCUCAUCUGGCAGCUCCGCUGAUGCUAUAGCAGCCGGGGGUUGCCCACACGGCGCCUACCUCAAAGCCACCCUACACGCUGCCAUGGGGCGGUCGCUUUGGUGAGUGCACCACCCCUAUUAUGUUUUUUUUUUUAAAGGAGAAAUAAGGAAAAAAUAAUGAAAGGAAAAACAAUCAUAAAAAAUUAGUCAUUUUUGUACUCCCCCUUCCCUUUUCCCCUAAAAAAACACCCCACUUUGCAUGUUGGGAGAGGGGAAUUUUUAAACAUGGAAAGCAAUGACCUCCUUGCGGGCUUUGGAGGUGCUGGGGCUGUGCUUGAAGGCAUUUGUGUGUCUGCGUGUGAAUAUAUAUAAAUAUAUAUAUAAAUAAGGUGUAUAUUAUGAGCUGUAUAAAGAAGGAAUCUGUAUAUAUUGGGGCACUUGGAAAUGCAGAAAUAAAGAAGAGGUGUGAGCGCUCGUUGGAUACCGGCUGUGCUGAAAUGGGGUUUUGCUGAAAUAGCCCUUUUUUGACUAUGAAGUGAGGAUUUGGGGUUACAUAAUACAGUGUUUUGGGAGCUGGUUUGGGGAGUUCCCAUUGGAGCAUAGGAGCUGUUUCUGGAGGACAGGAAAUUUUGGGUGAAAUUCAGCCUGGAAAUAAAUCCCAUAGGAAUCA